AUGUCUGACAACAACAACAACGCUUCCACCCUCAACAGCUACAUCAACCAGGCUACCGGCCUCGCCCAGCGUGCCAUGGGCUCCGUUACCGGCAACCCAUCCACUCAGGCCAAAGGCGAAUCCAUCCACACCCAAGGCAAAGCCGAGUACGCCGCCAGCCACGAGACAGCCAAGAUGGGCCCUGUCGCUGCAGACCCGCAGACAGGCGUCACUGCCAAGGACGACCCCAAGCGCACGCAGGGCACCUGGGACCAGACCGUGGGUUCGGCCAAGGAAUCGCUCGGCAACUUGAUCGGAAACGAGAAUCUGCGCCGCGAGGGCCAGGAGCAAAAUGCGAGCGGCAAGGCACAGGAGGCGAAGGGUCAACUGCAGGAUUGGGGUGAGGGCGCUGCGGACCGGGCUAAGGGGGCUCUCGGAUCAGUUGGUGCUGCGGUCAAGGGGGAUCGCACCGAGGAGGAGAAGUGGAGGGAUGUGCAUGACGAGGGGAAAGUCAGACAGAGAGGCGCUGAGGUCGAUAUGGAGAAGAGAUAUGAUUAA